ACGCGCAGCACCUUCUUGGCCUCUCCUCUCUCAGUCUCACUCAGCCACUCUCCUCCUUCCUCUCAUCGAGCUCCACCUCACUCCUUCAUUUCCCUCUCUGAACGAACACACUGAAGAACACAGAGAAGACAGAAGAGAACUCGAACGCAGCUUGGAGGAAGCACCGAAGCAGCCAUCUCUCGUCGCCGUUCCUCAACGUCCAGCCACCGCCGCUGCUACAGCUUCGGCGCAACGUCGCCCUUGUUCGCCGCGCAUCCGCCUCCUUUUUGGCCAACCCUUGUUCGAGCUGCUUAGCCCUCUGUUCAGUCCUCUACGCCGCGUGUUCGAGCCUCUGUUCCGCGGCCUUUCAGCCACCGUUCCGCCAUUGUCUGCCUCCAUUCAGCCAUCUCCGUCGCGAUUUAAAGCUCCUCCCUUUCCCUGUACUCAGAACGCUCCAUCCUAGGAUGCAAGAUGAAAGCGAGGGUUGUUUGUAGGAAAAUCUAUGAUUACAUACGCUAUGAUCUCAAAGAGAUUGCUUUCCCAUCGUCUUUGCCUGACCCUCCUAACAUUAAAAAGCGUCGCAAAUUGACCUGGGACCAGCGUAUUUGGGUUUUAAAGAGAGCUACUAGGCUUUAUGCUGCAAGCUGGGUUCGGGACAUUGGUCCUGAUCUUCGGCCAGCACAUUAUAAGAAGGAUGAAAUGACCGAAGAACCCAAUGAUGAAAAGAAACCUGCUAAAGGAAGAGAGCCUUCAACACUGGAGGAUCUUGCUGUAGCUGCCAGAGGUGGAAUGGAGACUCUCAGACCUGCCUUGCAGCGCGUGUACAUGACCAGAGCUUCUGCAUACAGAGACGCUCUUAAAAGCUUCAUAGUAGGUUACCAAGAAGGUGUUCAACAAGUAAUGGAGAAGAAAGAAGAUUCCAAAAGUCAAGAAGAUGCUCAUGUGCCCAAAAAAUCAGCUUGAAAUUUCUUGUGUCAAGCAGCAGCGGCAGCAGUAACAACAACAAAGCCUGGUCGACUACAUAGAUCAAACGACGUCACAGUGAGUUGGUUUACACAGAGAAUUUUUUUACCACCUCAAGUAUGGUAAAUUUCUUGUAUCAAGCAAUGCUAUUUUUCACUCUUAUUUAAACACAACUGUGCAGAAGUUGCCAACUUUAUCUUGAACUAAAGGUUUUGAUGUACAUAAGUACAUUGUACUGAACAGAUAUAAUUGAGCAUUUCAAAAUAGUGAAAUGCUUGAUUGGACACUUAUACCCUUCAUAUUCUACAGUACACUCCUACCAAAAUACCCAUUAAAUCGUUUGAUGAAUCUUGCUAUCAAUUGUAUACUCU